AUGGCCAGAACCAAGAUCUCCGAACAACCCGAGCAGGUGAAGCAUAAGAAGACCAAGGAGACCAGCGAAGACAUCGAAAUGUCCGAAACCACACCCAAGAAAAACUCCGACAAGGAGAAGAAAAAGCGCAAGUCGUCCGACGAGUCCGAGGACGUAACAAAGACAAGCAAGAAGCGCCGACACAGCGAGAAAAACAACGAGGACUCUGAUGAGCCCGUGAAGGAGGAGAAGGCUUCUAAGAAGAGCAAGAAGGACAAGGAAGAGAAGAAACAGAAGAAGAAGAAGCGUGUCUCAUUCGGACCCGGUACCAAGACACAAGAUGGAUCCGAAAGCGAUGCAGACAACGAGGAAGAUGAGGAGGUCGAACCUGAACCUGAAACCUCGGACAGUAGCGACACAGUGACGAAUGAUGACUCGACACAACAAUCUCAAUCGCAAUCGGAGAGCGAGGCUGCGCUAGAAGAGAUGCGGAAACGUAAGCGCGAGAAGAAGAAGGAGCGUAAGAACAAGGACUCCUCAGCUUCCUCUACUACCUCCUCGGCUCCGACACAUUUCCACGAAACUCCCGUCAUGUCCUACCUGAGCCACUACUUUCAUGAUCGCUCGACAUGGAAGUUCCAGAAGAACCGUGAGACGAACCUGUUCAAGCAUCUUUAUUCGGAUGAGCAUGUCCCAGCUCGGUACAAUGUUGCGCUUUUGACCUACCUGCAAGGAUUGAAGGGAGAUGCGGCGAAGAGCCGGUUGAGAGAUGGGGCUGUGGAGGUCGCGAAGCAGGAUAUUGAGGCAUGGAAGAAGGACGGAAAGGAGGCACCUGAAGCGUUCCAGGCUGGUGUUGAUGCUUUCCGGGACUUGUUGAGUGGUUCUGAAGCGAGCACAGAGCUGAACUCUGCGUCAUCUGUGGAGGGUGUUAAAGGUGAUGCCGAGAAACGUCUUCAGAAGAGGGUUCGUGCGGAACUUGUCUUCUUUGCUGUUACCGAGAAACUGUUUGAUCUGAAGGCUAUUCCCAAAAAACAGCCUGUGAAGGCAGAGCCCGUCAACAAGAAGAGGAAGAACCGUACUGCUGUUAUUGAUAUCUCUAGCAGUGAGGAUGAGACCUCUAGCUCGGGCAGCAGUGAUGAUAGCAGCGAUGACGAGACUUCUAGCUCUGGUAGCGAUAGUGAGGACUCGGACAGUGACAGCGACAGUGAUGAGGACAAGCCUGCCGCCAAAAAGUCUGCUCCUGCUCCCGUUCCCGUUGCUACCAAGUUACCGGCUAAGGAGCGCACUGUUAGCAAGCCACUGGAGAAGGCUCCCGCUCCCAAGGCCGCUCCCAAACCCCAGCCUCUAUCUGCAUCGGAGAAGAGGGCUGCUGCUCGUGAGAAGAAGGCCGCUAACCCAGUGGCACCAGCUGCUCCCAGCAAGAACAAAAAGAAGCAGAAGCGCAAGGUCAGAACUAUUGAUCUUGAGAUCUCGAGUAGCGAGAGUGAUAGCGAUUAA